AGCUCAGUCAGAAUCUAAGUGAGCGAGAGCAGCAAGCAAGCCUCUGAGAAAUAGUUAUCACCAGCGAAUCUUCGUUUUCAUUUCUUCAGAUAUUAUCAGAGAGGAAGAGAAAUAGCGUCGCUAUGGCCCGUUCUUUAACCAUCGCUCUGGUCUUAACCGCCCUGGUUGCUGUCAACGCCCUCAGUAUUGUUCCAGCUGACAAGGAGGGAACAUGUCCUCGUUUCAUUUCCCGACGACCGUGCUUCCCAGGGGACGAGGUUGACGAAUGUACGUUUGAUGUUCAGUGUACUGGUCGUAAGAAGUGUUGCCCGGAUUCAUGUGCCAGGACAUGCAGAUGUCCAGAGCUUACCUGUAGGCUGGACUGCUCCAACCAGGGUGGCUUUGCUACGGGACUCGAUGGAUGUCCAGUAUGCCGAUGCGCCAGUCCUCCAACUGAAGAGCCGCCGACGCUCAACUGCAACCUGGUCGACUGCAAGCCGGUUGAAUGCUACAAUGCUAUCACGCCGCCGGGACAGUGCUGUCCAGUUUGCCCAACUCCGCCACCACUCGACUGCGCUCUCGUCCGAUGCGCUGCUCCUCAUUGUGACAACUACUAUGUUCCUGAGGGACAGUGCUGCCCAGUGUGCCCGCCGCUCGACUGUACAGCGGUGCUGUGUCUGCGACCAGUGUGCUCCGAUGGAUCUGAGCCAGUCACUCCACAGGGACAAUGUUGUCCAGUCUGCCCAACACCUGGUCCGACAAAGCCUACCCUGGCCACUGUACCACCAACCCCAACGUGCCCGAAGAACGAAGUCUACUCGCAAUGUCAAGGUGGUGCAUGUCAACCUACGUGCCAGGGUCCAGUCAACUGUCUUGUGUGCAGUCCUGGAUGUCGAUGCAAGGCCGGCUACGUCAAGCUCUUCACCAAUGGGCCAUGUGUGCCAGAGAAAAACUGCCCAUCUUGCGGCGCGAAUGAGGAAUACCAGCAAUGCGGUGGCGCAUGCCAGCCAACAUGUAGCAGCACCGUCGUGUGCAAGGCUUGCUUCCCUGGAUGUGCUUGCAAGACUGGCUACAUCAAGCGGUCAGCCAAUGGCCCGUGUAUUCCCAAGAAACUCUGCCCAAGCUGCCCAGCCAAUGCAGAGUACACGCGUUGUGGAGGUAUUUGCCAGGCAACAUGCUCCUCUCGUGUCCGGUGUAGAGCAUGCCGUCCAGGAUGUUCAUGUAAACGAGGUUACAUCCUGGAGAGUACAAAUGGACGAUGCAUCCCGAAGAAGACGUGCCCAGGUUUCAAUGUAUCUAUGAUGCUAGGGCGUUGUCACAAAUCACGCGGCAGGUGUUUACCACAGCGCCGCAGGAGAGGCAAGCCAAGACUGCACCGCCGCCACCGCCUCCGCCGUCCAGUGUGUCAUAACGGACGAUGUUGGGAUCGCCGGCUUGCCUGCCGAAAUGGACGCUGCCUUUCCCGCCGUCGCAAAACUUGCCGAAAUGGACGAUGCCUACACCGCCGACGACGACAGAGAGCUUGCCGAAAUGGACGAUGUCUUCCCCGCCGUCGCAGAACUUGCCGAAAUGGGCUGUGCCAACACCGUCGCCGCAGACCUUGCCAAAAAGGACGCUGUCAGCCCCACCACCGCAGAGUUUGCCGAAAUGGACGCUGCAAGUAUCGCCGCCACAGAGCUUGCCGCAAUGGACGUUGCCAGCGCCGCCGACGUAGAGGUUGCAAGCUACGCGCUGGUCACCGACGCUGUUCUCGACGCAAUGGGCGGCGUGGAUCCCGUCCCAACCGACAUGCACGCAAGCAUCUACCCACCAGCACCAACAUUACCAAUACCGUUACAACUGCGAGAUAUCUACCUCCUGUUGUCAGAUACUAACUUACUGGCGUUGUC